AUGCCAGCUUCCACGUGUGCUUACGUUAUUGCCCUCACUCUGCGUGAUCUCGGCGUAACUGUUAUUUUUGGUCUGGUGGGCAUUCCUGUCGUUGACAUCGCCGAGGAGGCCAUCAACUUGGGCAUUCGCUUUAUCGGCUUUCGGAAUGAACAGGCUUGCAGCUAUGCGGCUGGCGCUUAUGGCUUUCUGACAGGCAAGCCAGGCGUCUGCUUGCUAGUGGGAGGGCCAGGUGUCCUCCAUGGAUUGGCAGGAAUUGGUAACUGCUCGGCUAACGCUUUCCCCUCCUUAUUUCUGGCGGGCUCUUCAGAAACGAAUUUAGUGGGCAAAGGUGCAUUCCAGGAAUUAGACGCAGUCUCAUUUCUCACACCUCACACCAAGCUCGCCGUUCGGCCCUCCUCGAAAGAACCUGAUGCUGUAGCAGACGCCAUUCGCAGAGCUUACCACAGCUGCUGGGCAGGGAGGCCAGGUCCCACCUUCGUCGAUUUGCCUGCAGACCUCAUCAUGGAUGAGGUUUCCCAAUUACCCAAACAGCUUUUAGCAGCGCAAAUGCAGUCACCAGCAAAACCAUAUCCCGAUCCUACCAUUGUAUCUGAAGCGGUGAAACUGCUAAGAAGAUGCUCAUCACCACUUGUAAUAGUAGGGAAAGGCGCAGCAUACGCCCGUGCAGAAGUUGCCAUCAAUGCCUUUGUCUCCUCAAGGAAUGUCCCAUUUCUACCUACGCCAAUGGGCAAAGGAGUGGUACCCGAUAACUCACGCCUUAAUGCAUCGUCCGCGAGAAGUACAGCCCUCAAAGAGGCUGAUGUAAUUCUACUCCUCGGUGCCAGAUUGAAUUGGAUCCUCCAUUUCGGGCAACCACCCAAAUUCAGGCCGGAUGUUAAAAUCGUCCAAGUUGAUAUAUCAGUUGAGGAACUAGGUCGAACGAACGGAAUUGGUGAACCCUCUAUUGGAGUUGUCAGUGAUAUCGGCGCGUUUGUCGAAGAGCUCCACAGGCGGUUGAAUGGUUGGCAGGCAUUUUCUUCAAUAGCAAGCCAGGACACAAGCUCUUUCUUGGGCAAGCUGUCUGCUGCAACUUCCAAGAAUGAAAAGGCGGCAAAGGCGAAAGCUCUGACUGCUACCGUGUCUGGAUCGACCCUUACUUAUCAGCGAGCUUUUCACAUUAUCAAGGAGACUUUGCACCGACUCAGCCCACCUGAACAAGGAAACAUUGUCUAUGUCUCUGAAGGUGCAAACACAAUGGAUAUUUCACGAAGCCUCUUUCCAUUGCACCAUCCUCGGCAGCGCCUCGAUGCUGGCACCUACGCAACCAUGGGAGUGGGCAUGGGCUACUCCAUCGCUGCAUAUGCCGCAUACAAUCUGCCUCAUGGCCAACUUCUUCAAGGCAAGAGGAAGAAGAUUGUGGCGCUCGAGGGUGAUUCAGCUCUUGGUUUUUCGGCCAUGGAGAUUGAGACGAUGCAGCGCCAGAAAAUGCCCAUCCUCAUUGUCGUGAUGAACAACAGUGGUGUAUAUCACGGAGACACUGCCAAUGCCAAAGAUUGGGAGCUUUUACAGAAGCAGACAGCGAUGGAUGAAGCUGGUUUAGAUGAAUCUGGCAAGAAAAAAGGCCUACGCAGCACAAGUCUCUGGUACGAAACCAGAUACGAGAUGUUGGCGGAAAUGGUGGGCGGAAGAGGUUUCUUCGUACGAAGCGAAGAAGAAUUGGCACAUGCAACCAGGGAAAGCUAUCACGAGCAAGAGAAAGUUUGCGUUGUGAAUGUGGUUGUUGAACCAGGAUUGGGCAAAUCUAUCGGGUUUGCCUGGCAACAAAAAGCAAAGAAAGGGAGCGGUGAGGUCAAACAUAGCAAGCUAUAG